AUGUCUUUCAGACACCACACUAGUGUGCUUCCGGUUUUCCCGCAACUGCCUCCUCGUUUUAAUAGGCCUCUUCAGUCCGGCACUUACAUCAUCAACAAAGUCGCUUCCGGCGAAGGCUCCUAUGUUGGCCGCAACAUAGUUGAGGAUUUAUCCCUCCUGCCCAAAAGGGUUGUCAUCCACCCGCCCGGCGUGGAAUUCUCGUUCCUUGCUUGUUCCGCGAACACUCAUGCUGGCGAUGACUUGAAGUGGGAAAUUAUAGACCUCGGCGACGGUCGCUACAAGCUUACCGUCGGUGGUGCGCCCACCAGCGAAAAAGAGGACCUAGUCUGGGCUCUCUUACUCGAGCAGGAGCGAGCAAAAUAUCGAGAAAGCCCACAGAUCUACAGGCUAGGUAAAUUCUAUGAAGGAUGA